AUGCUCACGAGGCGCGGGAUCACCCAGGCCGAACCAAGACAUUUCUUGCCUGUUUCGGCGCCUCAUUCCCGGGCAAAAUUUACUGGCCACCUUCUGAGCUGUGAAGAUAGCUGCAGACUCAUAGCUAUUCCGUUGCCCAGGGGCACGGUCUCGCCUCCGACUUCGCGGACUAGAGAGGCGAAGCGAACACAACCGAUGAUCUUUGUCUCACCACGGGAAGCGAUCCGCAAUGAAUCCCGCGCCAACUCGCCCCCUUUCGUCAACAAGGUACGCGAUCCUAUCGCUGUGACAGCGCCUGCAGCGAGAUGGCAGCUGCGCGGUCUCAACGUGCCCUGUGUGCGCAUGGAAACGAAUGUGCGACAGACAGCGGAGACUCUCCCUUUGGGUACCAAUUUUGUUUGGAUCUGGUUGGGCUGGUUGACGAGCUCCCCAAUAUGGGACAAGAUGGACCCCAUGUGCCGCAUUAUCGCAUACGCCGCAUUCAGUCCGCCCAACCUCAUCACAAGGAAGAACCGGUCGCACUCAGAGAUUUGCUCGAAUUCCCAAAACUGCAACUCUGGUUGGGCGAAGGCGAGAGCUUCUUUACCAAGUUACCGGCUAUCCGAGACACUGCGAAGCAAACAACCCAUCUAUAUCUGGUCUGGCUUCCCUCUUAGCCCCCCAGAGAUACCCUUGCCUUGCCUGUCCUCACGUUCUCUUCCUGCGUCUCUCCGCACCCUCUUGUUGAGGAUCAAGACUCUUGAAACGACGACAACUCUUCGACCUCUCUUGAUCCCUCAACCCCAUACUGUACGGCAGACCACCAAGAUGACGCUCGAAACCAAGACUAAUAAUCUUGAUGAGGCUAUGGAUCAGCCAAGUCUCUUACAUAGAGCCUCUCAGAAGUGCUUGCGGGUUCUCAGAAAAGCUUCAAUGAGAGAAAAGUCACGGCCUGACGACAAGUCAAGUACUAGCGGAAGAUCUUUGGCCAGCAGAUCAUCGUUCAGGUCAUCAUUCUCAACGUCAUCUCUGUUCACGAUGAAAACUGUAGAGGAGGAUCGUAUGACCUUGGACCGGCCCAUAGCAGAGGAACCUAUAAGGGAAGAAGUCAGCUGCGAUGGAAACAACUUGAACGAAAACCCCGCCGACGAAGAGUUUACGCAACAAGCGAGUUCAAAAGCACCGAAGAAAGAGCAUCACCAGGGCCAGUCGACCUUCUUUCGGCAGCUGCCCCCCGAAAUCCGGCAUCAGAUUUAUAGACAUUUCUGGGUCUCGGCUGGGGUCGAACGACAUGCUUUUCUACGAAAUAGGAAACUGUUGUUCUCUCCUUGUAUCACAGAUCAUGAAGCGCCUGAUGAGCGUCAAAUCGGGGUCGCCAAAGACUUCCAAAAGUCCUCUUCCACAGCGGAGGUCCAGCCUCACCCGAAAUGGUUCAAAAGGAUGACGUCUCCUUGGUGUAAUCACUGGAAAUGCGAGAGGUUAUGGGAGGACAUACGAGACGGACGCGAAGUAGACGGGAACAAGAAGCAAGCUUACAUGUCUCUUCUCCUGUCCUGUAAGCGGAUAUACGACGAAAGCAUAGAGUCCUUUAGGGAAGCCAAAACCCUAACAAUAACCGACGGUCAAACCCUCCACCGCAUUCUCCGCUGGCCCCGUCCCAAGUACCUCCAUCAAGCUCGCCGCCUCAACAUCUCCCUCCGCCACGACAGCGGCAAUUUUCUUUACCUCAACGGCGCCUCUAUGUGGCACAUACUCUCCGAGCAGGAAUCGUGCCAGGCGGAGAGCAUCUACCUCUGGCUCGACGCCGACUGCCCCGUCACACGUCGCCUGCUGCCCGAGUUCCGCGAGCUGUACAACUGUGUACCGCCAUCCGUCGCGGCCCGCUUGACUAUUGAUUUCCCCUGUGACGCCGAAGACGGGUUCUGGGCGUGGGAGGACGGGGUGGAGGUUGAAUCGCGGGAGGGCGGUGGACAGCUGGAGAGGUUGGGUCCGCUGGUGCCUGAGUUCCAGGUUGUUGCGAGGGGGCGGCAAAGGUUUAAUGAGACUUCGGCCGGAUAUGUUAGUUGUGUUGAUCGGGGGAGCCCGAGGAGGAGAGUUUUGAGGGCGAGUAAUCCGUUUGAGGAUAUUUUGCUCUAUGGGAGAGGAUUCGUUGAUGGGUCAUACGUCUAG